CAUACGGACAUCACGUUUAAAUUUGCUUGCAACCAGUGGCGGUGUGUGUAACGAGUCAAACCUUGUGGGUCGAAUACAUGCUACGACGGCUUGCUUGCUCCCUGCGGUAAAUGUGGUAGUUAUAGCUACAUUGGAUAUCAUGGGUCAGUUUUUAUCAGCCAAAUUGAAUGGGAAUACCACUGCAAACAGUGCUGUUGUUUGGCUGUGAACAAGCAGCAAACCACGCCUUUUCUUCAGUGUUAAACUUUGGAUCGUUGUUUGUCUUUCACUGGAAACCUGGACCACUGUCAAUACAGAAAGCUAACCUGAGCUAUCUGUAGCCAUGGAUGUGCAGGAGUAUCAACAAAGGGGUAAAGAAGUUGUGGAUUUCAUUGUGGAGUAUUUAACCACCAUAAGGACACGACGUACAUUCCCCGAUGUCCAACCAGGCUACAUGAAGAGUCUAGUACCAGAUGAGGCACCAGAGGAAGGUGAAAAGUGGGAGGAUAUUUUCAAAGACGUGGAGCGAGUUAUCCUCCCGGGGGUAACCCAUUGGCAAAGCCCUCACAUGCAUGCUUACUUCCCUGCAUUGAAUAGUUUCCCUUCCUUGCUUGGAGAUAUGGUGGCAGAUGCAAUCAGUUGUUUGGGCUUCACCUGGGCAUCGAGUCCAGCAUGUACUGAACUGGAAAUCAUUGUGAUGGACUGGCUCGGUGCAAUGAUUGGUCUUCCAGCAAGUUUCAUGCAUCGGAAUGAAAAUGGCAAGGGAGGUGGCGUUCUCCAGGGCACAUUGAGUGAAGCAACCUUAGUUGCAAUGUUUGCUGCCCGCUAUCGUGCUAUUCGCAGGGAGAGAGAACGAGGGAACCUAUCUGAUGACGUCAGUGAUGGUGCUAUCUGUUCCCGCCUCGUUGUCUAUUGUUCAGAUCAGGCCCAUUCUUCCAUCGAAAAAAACGCUCUGAUUGCACUUGUCAAACUAAGACGUCUCCAAUCUGAUGAGCGUUACAGUAUGCGGGGGAACGCUCUGAGGAAGGCUAUUGAUGAAGAUGAGAAAAAUGGUCUCAUUCCAUUCUUUGUGUGUGCUACUCUUGGUACCACAGGAGUCUGUGCAUUUGAUAAUCUGGACGAAAUCGGUGAAGUGUGUGAGGAGAAAAAGCUGUGGUUACACGUGGAUGCAGCUUAUGCCGGCACUGCUUUCCUUUGUCCCGAGUACCGCCCUCACUUGAAGGGAGUUGACAAAGCAGACACGUUUGCCUUUAAUCCCAGUAAAUGGAUGAUGGUGCAUUUUGACUGUACCGCCUUGUGGGUGAAAGAUCGAGAGGUAUUGGAGAAUACCUUCUGUGUAAAUCCACUGUACCUCAAACAUGAGAAGCAAGGGAUGGCUGUUGAUUUCAUGAAUUGGCAAAUUCCUCUUAGCCGUCGCUUCCGUGCCAUUAAGCUGUGGUUUGUCAUCCGGUCAUUUGGAAUCAAGGGUCUACAAGAGCACGUGCGCAAGGGUGUUCGCUUGGCAAAGUACUUCGAGUCCUUGCUUCGGACAGAACCGAUAUUUGAGAUUCCAGUUGAAUGCAACCUGAGCCUGGUUGUUUUCCGACUUAAGGGAAAGAAUUUUUUGACUGAGGAGUUGCUGCGUCGAGUCAAUGCAACCGGCAAACUGUACGUUGUGCCUGCGGCAAUCAACGGUCUUUAUGUUAUCAGAUUCACGGUAACAUCUCUAAACACUACAGAAGAUGAUAUCGUGAAGGAUUGGAGAUUGAUCUGCAGCAUGGGUAAUGCGGUCAUGCGUUGUCUCAGUCCUCUGAGACGUCGAAUCGCCUCCUGGCCUGCAGCAGCAGCAUUUGAGGCACGACCAGAUGUCUACAUGGCACUGUAUACCGAGUCCAAGAUGGCGGCAUUAGCAAUACCUGAUGAGCUCGAUGGCUACUCAAGUGACACAGAUGGGGUAGAUUUUCGAAAGAGUCCAAAUCUGUAUCCCCGUAAGCCAUUUAUUCCGACAGACAAAAUGUCGCCGGAAUCAGAUGAGCAGUCCGGGGAUGAAAGGCUCAACAACGGCAGUCAAAAGGGCAUUGAGAUGGUAAAUGGUCACUCUAAUGGUCUCUGUAAUGAUGCCGACAAAAGUGAAGAUGACGUGUUUUGCCAUCAUAUGACCAAGGGUUCAAAAUCCCGAGGUGGAUCUAUGCCACAUCUCAAUGGGCUAUCUGUCGAGGUUACGAAAAAUAUGUUCAUCCAUAACAAUAAUGUAACGAAGGGCAGUCACCAUGAUGUUCAGAAUGGCUUAGAGGAGAAGCCGGCUGAAGUAUCUGUUGCUAGCAGGGGACGUUUCGGCGCCCUCAGCGUCGCUAAGGAAAGCACAUACACAGGGGUAGUGAAUAUCUGUCACUGCUCAACCAAGGCAGAUAUGGCCGCUACUCAAAAGCAGUAGACCAAAGCGAGUAGGCUAAUUUAAUCAGGAAUCUUAUCAUCAUGAUUAAGGAAUUGGACAAAAAUACUAUACAACCUAUAUAACCAUAAGCAUAAACCUAAACGGUAUAUCCGUUCGUACCUUGGACUAUCUUUCCGGGUUUACAAGUUUUCACAUCCUAAUUAAUCUUAAUUGUAUGAUGACCAAAAGUUGUUUGAGUUUUGUCAAAUUAUGAAAUUCGGGCUUAUCUAUUGUAACUAAAAUAACCGAAGACGCAUGAAACUCCUAUAAUACUGAGCGACAAUAAAGACGUCGUGGGAUUUUUCAUCAAGGAUUAAUUCAAAUUCAUUCACUUAUACAGUAAUGAUAAAGCUGUGUUUCGUUGUGGACUUAGAUGGAAGUACUAAUGCUUACAGUCAUCGUCUGAAUGUGAUCACUUUAUUUAUGAUGGAUAUGCCCCUACUUGCGGUCAUUAAAGCGAAACAUGUUAGUGAUACUUUAAAAAUAAAUCAUGAUAAUGUAUUAAACUUAUUGUUUUGUUGUCAUUAAAACCAAGUAUCACGUCUUGUUAAAUGGAUAAUAAUUAGUAAUUAAUAGGGUUCUAAAGGGGCUUUAAAACUAUGUAGAAUAAUAAAGAUGCUUAUACUCAUUGUUAAUGGUAGCUGUAGAAUCGUGUCAACGCCAUCAAUAAUUGUCCAUUGUCUUUUUUUGCAGUUAAUUUGUUGCGAAAAAGUUAUAAGAUAAGAAAAUGUGCAAUAGAGAGCUGUGAUAAAAUUACUCUGUGUUGUUUAUGAACUAUAAUCAAUACAUGAACUAUUUCAAUAUGUCAUUGAAGAAUUUUAGUUAACUAUAUAGAAAUAAAUAUAUACUCAAAUUUUAUUGCGAGGUUUAAUAACAUUAGAAACGGGAAGAGUUAACUAAAACAGUCAAACAUAAAAAGGUGGGGGAAAUGCGCAGUGGAAAUCAAAAACGUGCGUUUUUGUGAAUAAAGUUCGAGGGUUACUACAGUAGAGUAAUUACAUUUUGACCAUACAUGUGCACGUACAUCUAAUUUCCUCUAAAUAAUACAAUUACAGUAUACCUUGAAGUAAAGGAUUACGAAGAAAUCUAGACUGCGGUAAUAUAGUUUUCAAUUUUAGGCAUUUAGACAAAGGUAGCCUAAUUGCCUCUGUUUGGAUAUUUGCCUUGCCGACAAAAAUGUAUUUUGCGAGUAAACAAAAUUCUAAACACUUUCUUACUGUCACCUCAUGCUAAACAGGCUUAGUAUGUGAACAUGUUUACAAACUGAUAGCAAGAAGACUCCGUCAAAAAUUAUCAGAUUUGAUGUCUCAUUUUAAAGUGAAAAGACGUAUCUUUCAAACCAUACCUAUAUUAUCUAUGUUGGCUACACAUUCUACGUAUGAUAUUAUGUUGUAUUUUGUUUGCAUUAUUUUGGAUACACGCUGUAUAGGCCUCUAAUAAGAAUGUCUUAAUUUUUUUCUUUCAUUUUUUCUUCAUAAAUGUGUCAUUUCUUUUGAUUUUAUCUUCCUAAAAUAACUUUUGUUUAUUUUAAAUAACAUCGUACUGUUGAUCUUAAUCUUUACUUUUUGAUAACUCUUCAUUGAGUUCAGUACUCUGCUUUGGUUCGAAAAGUCAUGCGAGCGAAUGUGCCCAAUUGUGCUUGGGGACACAAGGAAAAUGCUUUAGAAAACACCGGACUAAUUUACUUUAUGCAAGUUUCAAAUUGAUUGAUAAAAGACGAAUUUGAUCUCUGAAUGCUGCUAUUCCGCAACAGCCUAGACGAAUUUAAUCUGUAAUGACGAAUAUUCUCGACCCGGUGACUAAAAAGGGUGGUCAAACUGUGAAAUUGAAUGGUAAAUGACUAAAUUGGUUUGACAAAAGCGUUUGAUUGUUUUCUCGGACGACAUUGAAUGUUAGAGUUGGUGAAUUCAAAUGAAAACUGUUUAAAACAGCUGGGAAAACCUAUAGAAGACGAGAAAAUCCCUCUCUUUGUAUCCAUCGGUAAAAAAACACAACAUCCAUUAACAAUCUGAUAUCACUUCCCUCAGCAUAAUAAGCGAGUUAAACAGGAGUUAUUAAAUAUGUAAUGAUAUAAAGCAUAUUUUCUUAUUAUUAGAGAAUUGUGUAUUUGAUUAAUGUGGCACCCCUUAUUACUGAGGGAGCAAUAAAUUAGGAGACCUGUUUUUCCUGA